AUGGAUAUUCAGUCAGUAGAUUCUAGUCGUAGCCGAUCAACUAAUCGGUAUGAAACUGUUUCAUAUCAAAAUUUUCUUGAUAUGGAAAUCCUAUGCGAUCGGUUAAUACUGCUUGAUUAUGAAUCAUAUGUAGUGAAAUCAUUAAAAAUGAGACCAAUCAAUAGACAUUAUUUUGCCUUACAAACUAGUUCCGGAGAACAGUUUUACAUGUUUGUAUCUUUAGCCAUAUGGCUGUUAAGCAAACUUGGUAAAGAUUUAAAACAGCCGCAAGAAUAUGAUGAUCCAAAUUCAACAGUUAACAGUAUACUAGAAUCGUCUGCACAAUUAGAAUUAUCUGUUGAUUUUCCAGUCAAUCAAUUAAAACAAGGAUUUGGAAAACAUGUCAUUGAAAUUUUAAAUGGGCUUGCAGAUUUGGUUUUAAAAAAAAAUAAUUUCCCCUACAAAAAGCCAACAUUUCCAGUUGAAAAAGAAGAAAUAGAAGAAUUACCUGAAAAUAAUGCAGAGCUUUUAUUAGAACAUGUUGAAGAAGAAAUGGUUUGGACCGACUCCGAUUCCGACGAAGAAAAUAUGCUUAAUAUUAAUGAUUUGACUGCUUUAAAUAAGAAUAAUAGACAAACAUCUUAUAAAACAAAUGAGAAAUUAAAAAUUACAUCUGCCAAUAAAGAAGAAUGGAACCUAGAAUUAGAACAAGUACUACCUUCAUUACGAGUAACAAUCAAGCUAGAUUACAAAGAUUGGCGAACAAGUUUGAAACAAAUGAAGGAACACAAAUGUAUGAUGAAUACAUCCAUAGAAAAAGUCAAGCCUCUUUUGACCAAUCUUUGUAGUACACUAGGAGAAACUAUGGAGAAAGUUUAUAGUAGAGAACAAUACUUGAACAGUUCUUUAGACAAUCUUUUAAUAGAAUACCGUAAUUCUCAGGAUGAACUAGCUAAAGUUAUUGAACAUUAUAAACUUUUAAGUAAUGGUAUUGUAGAACGACAAGAUACAUUAUUAAAAAUAACUGAACAAUUAGAUAUUGUUAAACAAGAAAUGGACGAAAGAGGAUCAAGUAUGACAGAUGGAACUCCACUAAUCAAUAUAAAAAAAGCAAUAGCAACUAUUAAGUCAGAUAUUAUGGAAAUGGAUGUUCGUAUUGGUGUAUUGCAACAUGGAUAUUUUAUGUCUAAGGUACAUGAAAAAUCUGUUAUUCAAGAUCCUAUGAUAAGGCCAAUAUUUCCUAGAACUGUGUUGUGA